AUGUCGCGCCAUCACCCCGAUCUCGUAAUGUGCCGCAAGCAAGCCGGCAUCGCCAUCGGCCGCCUCUGCGACAAGUGCGACGGCAAGUGCCCCGUCUGCGACUCCUACGUCCGCCCCACGACCCUCGUCCGCAUCUGCGACGAGUGCUCGUUCGGAAACUACCAAAACAAGUGCGUCGUCUGCGGCGGCGAGGGCAUCUCGGACGCCUUUUACUGCUUCGAGUGCACGCGCCUCGAAAAGGACCGCGACGGGUGCCCCAAGAUUAUAAACCUCGGCAGCUCCAGGACCGAUCUGUUCUACCAGAAGAAAACCAAUCGGACGGCGACGUACUAG